UCACUUUCCACAAGCGCAAGCGCGACUCAGAUGAGUCCAAUCUGGAAGACCACAGCAGCGAAGAAGAAGAUCUUGACAGCAAAACAAAUGAAACCGAUCAAGAGAGCGAAGACUACACCAAUAGAAAAAGCAUUCGCCGGCUUCAAGAUCUUCUCGAGGAGGUUAAAGCCUUGCCGGAGGAUAGUGAACGCAACGCCAAUAUCAAGGAUCUUGAGGAGUUCACCAAAGCCUUGGACUCGUACGAUUUCGAAGGGGACGGUUUGGAACGCGCAAAAUCUAAACCGCCAAAGAAUGAGGAUGUCGCCCGUGCUCUGUCUUAUUUCACAGGCCCGUCAGGUGAAGAAGAAGUCAAGGAACUUAUCGCUGAAGUCACCAACACGAUAUCGGGUCUUGGAGAGGUCAACGACCCGGAUACACUCAGACGCUGCGCUGAGCCUCUGAUCGUCGACCUGAUCUUCAAAUGGGGUUCAAAGGAGGAAGAGAUCAGGGCAGGACUGGUCAAGCUGUUCAAGUUCAAGCCUGUGUUGUGGU